AUGCUGGUAGCGGGCUCGAGCAGAGGAGUAGGACUACAGCUGGUGAAAGAGCCGGCUAAAGGCAGCAGCAGACCCGCUACGAUCAUAGCGACAGCACGCAAUCCGACUGCCUCCACGGAUCUGCAGGAGCUGCCCAAAACCAACGAGGGGGUUCAUGUUGUGACAUUAGAUGUGGACAGCCACAUCUGCUCAGCUGUGUAGGAAGUCCAGUCCAUUGUAGGAAACAAUGGACUGAGCUCCGCCCAUUGUCUGAUCAAUAAUGCUGCUGCCGGACUCUCCAUGGACAUAAACACUGUUACCCCAGAGGCCACGAUGAAGACCUUCAAGGUCAACACAGUUGCACCACUCUUCAUCACAAAGGGGCGUCCUGGUUGCUCACCUGCUCAGUCCACCGGGACGGGGAUCCACAGAGCAGCCGUUAUCAAUAUCUCCUUCAUCCUCGGCUCCAUUGCGCACAACUGGGGUGAGGGUGCCAACUUUAAGACCUACGCCUACUGGACCUCCAAGGCAGCACUUAACAUGGUGACAAGGUGUCUAGCUGCUGAUUUGGGGUCAGAUGGAAUCUUGUAUAUGUCUCUGCACCCUGGAUGGGUCAAAACUGAUAUCGGAGGACCUCAUAGACCCAACAGUACCACCAUGAGCAAGACCUUGGCGAUGACGGCAAGGAAAAACUGCCUUAUAAGAGGCAUACACUAA